GUUGUACGUCUUGCACGAGGACAAACUGUAUCCUUCGAAGAAUCAGAUGAAGAAUAUUACCCCUAUUUUACAAUAUUUGCAUUACAAAUUCUGGUGAUAGAUAGUAUUCAGCAUUCGUUUGUUUUGGUUCGGGAUUAUCAAAUGUAAAAAUGUCUGGGUCGGGAAGGAUCCGAACUUGUCAUGCAGAUUUUACAUGGCCCGUGACGUCUGUGAUGUAUUCCCUGGCAUCACAGAUUUUCCGAGUGCUUAUUGAUGCCUAUUCCGCAUGACAAAUGGCCUCCCCGCGUAGCAGCAACUGGACUCCUCUUGCUGGUCAUGCAAUACAGAUUUUUCUAGAGUCUAAAGGUAGCAUCACAAGUUCCAACCCUUCCAGACCCAGACAUUUUUACAGUUGAUAGGGAUUAACCACAAAGACUACCCAUCAGGAACGCUAUAUGGAUUGUAAAAAUGUCUGGGUCUGGAAGAUUGCCAGGUUUGUCAUGCAUAUUUUGAAUGACCCAUGAUGUCUGUGAUGCAUGCCCUAGCAUCACAGAUUUUUAGAGGGCUUUGUGAUGCCUCUACUGCAUGAGAAAUGCCCUCUUCACGUAGCACAGACUGGAGUCCUUCUGCUGGUCAUGCAACACAAAUUUUUUUAGAAUCCAGAGACAGCAUUACAAGUUUAGAAUCUUCCAGACCCAGACAUUUUUACAUUUGAUACGCUACCUUGUGGCGCAAAUCUGAGUGUAGUAUUCGAAGCAGUGUCUACUUUUCGUAGAACAAGCGUAAAGCAAAAGCCGGCGAGAGGCUGCAGCGUAGACAGGAAACACGAAAGAGCAACCGGUAACAAAAGAAAGAGAAAUUGAUAAAGAAAUAAAGCAGCUUCUCCUACUAGUGAACAG